AUGAUCCCCCUCAUUCCUGUCGCCCUCCUCAUACUCACCUCCUACCUGAUAUACCACCAUGUAAUAAACCCCUACUUCCUCUCUCCACUAUCUUCUAUCCCCAAUGCCCACUUCACCUCCCCACUCUCUAGCCGCUGGAUCGACCGCAAGCGCAGCACAGGUACAGAAGUGCUUGCCAUCUACGCCUUGCACCAAAAGCACGGCCCUAUCGUUCGUCUCGGCCCGAAGGAGCUGAGCGUCAAUUCUCUCCAUGGGUUGAGAGUAAUAUAUACGGGCGCGUUUGAAAAACACGCCUUCUACAAUGAUGUCUUUGUCAACUUCAACACCGAAAACUUGGUCGGUAUGACGCACAAUGCGCCGCACGCGCACCAGAAGCGCAUGCUGAGUAAGACCUACUCCAAGUCGUUCCUCCAGGAAUCUAGUGAUCUCCGCGUCAUGUCGAAGGUGAUACUGUGGGAGAGGCUGAUGCCUAUUCUCAAGAAGGCUGGAGAGGGUGGAGAAGUGUUGAAUGUGCUGCCGCUGUUUCAAGCCGUUGGAAUGGAUUUUACCUCGUCUUUCCUGUUUGGGUUGAGAGAAGGAACAAGAUAUCUGUUUAAUAUUCCCGAGUGGAAAAUAUGGUUGGAUGAGUAUGAGCGGUUCAAGUAUUUGAGUCGGGAUGACCGGUAUAUGGGUUUUAUUGAGGGGUGGUGCUUGGGGUUCUGCGAUCGGUUGGAGGCGUCUAAAGAACAAGACAUGCUUAAGGAUGAGGACAACCUACCGUUCACGAACCCAGUCGUCUAUGACCAGUUGCGCCAGAGUCUCCUCGCUCAGAAAGAGCACGACCCACGUCCGCUAAAGCUAGCAAUCGCAUCUGAACUGCUUGACCACCUGGUUGCAGGUCACGAAACGUCAGGUAUCACCUUCACGUACAUGAUGUGGGAGCUGUCGCAACAUCCAGAACUUCAGGCUGAGCUGCGAAAAGAACUACUCACUUUGUCCCCUUCUCUCCGAUACCCAGAGACAGACGGAGAGAAUCCCCUUCCCUCUCCUUCUGCCAUCGACGCCCUUCCCCUGCUGGACGCGAUGGUCCGCGAGACCCUCCGUGUACACUCCCCAGCUCCAGCCCAACUCCCCCGCAUCACCCCCAACACAGAAAAAGGAACUACCCUGCACGGGUACGACCACAUCCCGGGUGGCGUCAGGGUCAGUUCAACGUCCUACUCCCUCCACCGCAUCAGUGAUGUGUACCCGCGCCCACUGGAAUGGUUGCCACGACGGUGGAUUGACCCAGGCGACAAGAUCCACGACAUGAGGCGGUUGUUCUGGCCGUUCGGGAGUGGUGGACGCAUGUGUCUGGGGAGUAAUUUCGCACUGCAAGAAAUCAAAUUGGUCAUGGCGGCUGUGUAUUCAAAUUACACGACGUCGAUCGUGGAUGAUGAAGGCAUCGAGCAGGACUACGCCUUUAUCUCGCUGCCGCGCGGGAGGAAGCUCAUGUUGAAGUUUACCCCCGUCGAUGAAUGA